AGCUCCUACCCCAUCUGGGAGGACUUCAACUCCAAGGCUGCGAAGCUCCACUCUCAGCUGAGGACCACCGUGCUGGCUGCUGUGGCCUUCCUAGAUGCCUUCCAGAAAGUAGCUGACAUGGCCACCAACACCCGAGGGGCCACGCGGGACAUUGGCUCAGCACUCACGCGUAUGUGCAUGCGCCACCGUAGCAUCGAGACCAAGCUGCGGCAGUUCACCAACGCGCUGCUGGAGAGUCUCAUCAAUCCACUGCAGGAGCGCAUCGAAGACUGGAAGAAGUCAGCCAACCAACUGGACAAGGACCAUGCAAAAGAGUACAAGCGAGCCAGGCAUGAAAUCAAAAAGAAGUCAUCCGACACGCUGAAGCUGCAGAAGAAAGCACGCAAAGAGCUGCUUGGAAAAGGAGACCUGCAGCCUCAGCUGGACAGUGCGCUGCAAGACGUCAAUGACAUGUACCUGCUACUGGAAGAGACAGAGAAGCAGGCCGUACGCCGAGCACUGAUUGAAGAGCGGGGCCGUUUCUGCACCUUCAUCACCUUUCUUCAGCCUGUGGUGAACGGCGAGCUGACCAUGCUGGGAGAGAUCACCCACCUGCAGGGCAUCAUUGACGACCUGGUGGUGCUGACUGCAGAGCCCCACAAGCUGCCUCCCGCCAGUGAGCAGGUGAUCAAAGAUCUGAAGGGCUCUGACUACAGCUGGUCGUACCAGACACCACCCUCAUCGCCCAGCAGCUCCAGCUCUCGGAAGUCCAGCAUGUGCGGCGCCCCCAGCAGCAGUAGCAGUGCCAAGGGUGGCGGAGCCCCGUGGCCUGGGGGUGCCCAAACAUACUCACCCAGUUCCACCUGUCGCUACCGCAGCCUGGCGCAGCCAGCCACCACCCGCCUCUCCAGUGUCUCUUCCCACGACUCUGGCUUCGUCUCCCAGGACGCCACCUACUCCAAGCCCCCUUCACCCAUGCCUUCAGACAUCACCAGCCAGAAGUCCUCCAGCUCUGCGUCCUCCGAGGCCUCAGAAACCUGCCAGUCGGUUAGCGAGUGCAGCUCCCCCACCUCGGACUGGACUAAGGCGGGUCCCCAUGAACAGCCCUCGGCCACCACCCUGCAGCGGAGGAAAGAUCGGGUGGAGCUCCUUCGAGACACUGAGCCAGGCCCUGCAGGGGGAAGUACUGUGGGCUCCGGUGGAGAGGAGGUACCACGUCCCCGGAUGUCUCCUGCCACCAUAGCAGCCAAACAUGGUGAGGAGGUGUCACCUGCAGCCAGCGACCUGGCCAUGGUGCUGACCCGUGGACUGAGCCUGGAACACCAGAAGAGCAGCCGGGACUCUCUGCAGUACUCCAGUGGCUACAGCACGCAGACUACCACACCUUCAUGCUCCGAGGACACCAUCCCCUCCCAAGGCUCAGACUACGACUGCUACUCAGUGAAUGGGGAUGCGGACAGCGAGGGCCCCCCUGAGUUCGACAAAUCAUCCACCAUCCCUCGAAACAGCAACAUUGCCCAGAACUACCGCCGCCUGAUCCAGACCAAGCGCCCAGCCUCAACUGCUGGGCUGCCCACUGCAGGGCUGCCCACAGCCAUGGGGCUACCUUCAGGCGCACCUCCUGGCGUGGCCACCAUCCGCCGCACACCCUCUACCAAGCCCACUGUGCGCCGCGCCUUGUCCAGCGCCGGCCCCAUCCCCAUCCGCCCACCCAUCGUCCCUGUGAAGACACCUACAGUGCCCGACUCCCCUGGUUAUGUGGGGCCCACACGGGCAGGCAGCGAGGAGUGUGUCUUCUAUACUGACGAAGUGGCGUCACCUCUGGCUCCAGACCUGGCCAAAGCCUCCCCGAAAAGGCUCAGCCUGCCCAACACGGCCUGGGGCAGCCCAUCCCCGGAGGCAGCCAGCUACAGCGGGGCUGGGGUGGGGCUGGCCGCUGAGGACGAUGAAGAGCAGCAGCUGGCUGCCAACAGGCACAGCCUGGUGGAGAAGCUCGGAGAGCUGGUGGCUGGCGCCCAUGCCCUGGGUGAGGGCCAGUUCCCUUUCCCUACUGCAUUGUCAGCCACCCCUUCAGAGGAGACACCCACCCCACCCCCUGCUGCCACCAGUGAUCCCCCAGCCGAAGACAUGCUGGUGGCCAUUCGACGCGGGGUCCGGCUCCGCAGGACCGUCACCAACGACAGGUCGGCACCCCGCAUCUUAUGA